ACCCCACCAGCAUCGCUACUUAUAAAUGACCUGGUCAUUUCCGUCAUUACUCCUCCCUGUACACAUCAACGAAAACCAAUCCAACUCUGAGCGAACAAGACCGAUAAGAUGCCUCUAACAGGAUCCUGCAUGUGCGGUUCUACCGGCUAUGCUGCUGACUCGGAACCUCUCGUCACGGCUCUCUGCCACUGCGCCGAUUGCCAGAAGUGGACCGGCGGUCCCUGCACCUCCAAUGUCGUCGUACCGCGCGACUCUUUCAGUAUCACAAAGGGGAGCCCCAAACACUGCGAUGUAACCGGCAAGUCCGGCAAAAACAACCGCCACUUCUUCUGCCCCGAGUGCGGAUCAAGUCUCUACACCGAGGUUGAGAUCAUGGCCGACAAGACUAUCAUCAAGGCUGGGACGUUGGAUAAUGGGGAGACUGGUCUUCGCGGCCAUGUUGACGUUGAGUUCUAUGUUAAGGAUCGGGUGGGUUUUGUGCCUGCUAUUGAGGGGGCCAAGCAGGAGGCAACUAUGUAGCAGUUAUGCUACACUGAUCAGUCAGAAAUAGAUGCUACCAAGGUCCCCGGUCAAUUUAGCUAGCUUAGCUACUAUAAAAUCAGUAUCUCUUCCAAACCUCUAUCCUCCAAAACACAGAUCUAUCGAACCAUUAAAAGAGCACGAGAUGGCGGUGGGGAAUCACUUUCGGGCAUUCGUAUUACCCCGCAACCAUGCAAGAUACACUGCACUGCUAUAAAUGAUAGAUAACCUAGCUGCUUCUCUUUCACACUACAAAUAACCCGGAAGCAAAAUAACG